CUCCGGGCAGAGCCGGUCCGGGUGCGGCGGGCAGCGGCUGCAGGGCCCGGCCCGGGCCCCCCCGGCAGGAGCCUCCGCCAUGGGCAGCUGCGUGGGGCGGCCGCGCGGGGAGCGCCCGCCGGCCCCGGGCCACCCCCGCAAGCGAGCAGGCCACAAUGAGCCCCUGCGGAAGGAGCGGCCCAAAUGGAAGAGCGACUACCCCAUGACGGACGGGCAGCUGCGCAGCAAGCGGGACGAGUUCUGGGACACGGCACCUGCCUUCGAGGGCCGCAAGGAGAUCUGGGAUGCCCUGAAGGCGGCUGCCUACGCUGUGGAGGCCAACGACCAUGGGCUGGCCCAGGCCAUCCUGGAUGGCGCCAGUAUCACCCUGCCCCACGGGUCCCUGACCGAGUGCUACGACGAGCUGGGGAACCGCUACCAGCUGCCCGUGUACUGCCUGGCGCCGCCUGCCAACCUCAUCCUGGAGCGGGGCGGCGACGAGAGCACGGAGCCCCCGGAGCCGGCGCCCAGCACCCGGCGUGAGUUCCCGCUCAAGGUGCGGCUCUCCACUGGCAAGGACCUGCGGCUGAGCGCCAGCAUGGCCGACACCGUGGGGCAGCUGAAGAAGCAGCUGCAGGCGCAGGAGGGCAUCGAGCCGGGCUGGCAGCGCUGGUUCUUCUCCGGCAAGCUGCUGACGGACCGCACGCGGCUGCACGAAGCCAAGAUCCAGAAGGACUUUGUCAUCCAGGUGAUUGUGAACCAGCCGCUGGUGCCCAGGGACUGAGCUGGGCCGGCUGACGGGCGCAGGGGCUGCUGGGACCCAGGGAAACCCAGCAGGGCCCUCAGAGCCGGUGAACUGAGUCUCCAGCCCAGAGGCGACAGCCCGCACUCGCCCACCGGGCACGGCUGGGCACACAGCCCCGGGCAGAGCCGCACCCGCGGGGCUUGCGCUCGCCUCUGCUCUGCGUCGAUCCUCCCCCCCUUCGUGCCUGCUGCUGCCCCCCGCUGCAGCCGCGGGGUGGGGGCUCACUGGCAUCAGCACACGGCAGCCCCCUCAAAGCCCUGUCCCUGGAGGAGGUGUGUGCCCAGCAGUCUCGGGAAGGGCUGCCGGGGUGGGCGGGGCUGCGGGAUGGGCGGGGCCUGUCUCACCCCGUCGGCACUUGGACACUUUCAUAAAAUGGUUUUGAGGUUUGAGACCAAAUCUCUUCCUGCAGGAGCCGCAUGCCCAGGGCGCCAGGACCCUGCAGUGCCCAGGGCGCCUGGCACCUCAGGCUGCCCUCCCGAGCCCGGCUCCUGGGGCAGGCCAGCCUGGCACCUCCCGUGCAGGCCGGGCGCUGGGCAGGCCGGGCGCUGGGUGGGGCCGGGCAGAGGACAUCUCUCCCGGUGUCUAUGGGUCUGCGUAUUUAUCAAUAAAGCCUUUUUAGCUUCUCCCA